AUGCAAGAGGGAGGGGGAAGGAGACAGAGGGGAGCUGGGCGUCGAGAGAGCCGGGCUACGUGGGCCAAGCUCGGGCGGCGCUGGGUUCAACCCAGCAUCCUGAUCCGUGUCGGCCUUCCCUCCCUGUCACCCUCUGUUGGCACCGCUGGAGAGCUCAGACCGCAGCUAGUAAGCACACAGUAUUUCAGUACCAAGGAGGAGGAAACACACCGCUGGGAAGUGGUCAAAGGAAGCGCUCAAAGGUGUUCAGGAUGCGCCGGCAGCCGGUACCAAGUCCUUAGAGGCGCUGCUGGUUUCAGAAAGUGUUUUUCCCAAGGAGAAAGUGUUGGUCAUGGAAACUACCCCAUAGGAGAAAGAUGCUGUUAUCUAUUUCUUAAAGCACAUUGGAACAUCAAGGGUUUAGGGCAAAGAAAAAAGGAGGAAGUUUUUUCCAGGAAAAUCGUCAUCUUGCAACUGGUAGGGCUGGUGCUAACUUAUGACUUCACUAACUGUGACUUUAAGAAGAUUACACAGGACUAUACAUUAAUUUAUAAUGACCUGAAUACAUAUAUGAAUGGGACCAAAAGUACCAAAUUCAACAGCACUGUUCCCUGCUACAACCAGUCACAUUGCCUCGCUGAAAUCGAGCGCCUAACCAUCUCUCCCACCCACCGCUGCGCGUCACUCGCCAAGGAAACGUUCGCCUUGAGAACUAAAGCGACCCUCACUGGCUAUUGCCCAGACUACCCAGGAAUCCAGAUAAAUAAUGCCCGAGUAAUGAAGAAGACCAGGAAAAGAGAAGUCACAACAAAUACAUGCCUGGAACAAGUUUCACAGUUACUAGGAUUGUGGCGUCGUCUCCUUCGAUUUCACGGAACCCGAAGUAAAUCAUCUUAACUACGGUCAUAUUUCACAGCAACAAAGUAACUCCACUUUAAGCAGAUGAAACAUUAACUGUGACAUUUAAAAGAACACAAUAGUUAUUUUUUUAAUUACAGAAGGGCUUUUUAACUUAUUUUUGUAAAUUGUUUAAUGUAAGCUUAUAAUGUGGGGG